CCUAGCUGCUAUCAUCGAACACAAGUAAAUGCUUCAGUUAGUAAUAUUCUUUGCAUAAUAAGACCAAAACAUAGCUUCAUAGCUUAAUCUUCUGCUACUUUAUGAUUCGCUGGAAUGUCUCAUAUUGUCAUAAUCAAUCAAUCAAUCAAUAUCAAAUGAAUUAACAUUAACAUAUGUAGUGUAGAACUUGUCUUUAACAAUGAUGGAUCUUGGUAUGUUUGUGCCAAAGCAUACUCUCCUACAGAUGCUUUCUUAUUGUUUAAAAUAAUCUCAUGCCGGGCUCAUCUUGUCACAUUAGUCGUUCACUACUGCUCUAACGUAGUAAUAUAAGAAGAAGUGUUUAAUCUUCCAACCUCUUAAGCAGUGAACAGACAUGAUGAAUCUGUGCAAGGAAGAGCUUUUCUUGUUUAUAAAUGCAUACUAUGGCUUCAUCUUGGUUGCAGUUGUUUCUUUAGGAGUCACAGUACUCUUAGUCUCAAAAGAUGUGAGAUUAAGGGAGAGACGGGACAUCUCCAUCCCCGGGCAACUGGGUUUGCCUUUCUUUGGUGAAAUAUUUUCCUUCCUUUCAGCCUCCAACAGCACCAAAGGAACCUAUGAAUUCGUCAGACUCCGACGAUUAUGGUAUGGACUGUGGUUCAAGACAAGGAUCUUAGGCAAGAUACAUGUGUUUGUCCCAAGUACAGAGGGAGCAAAAAGGAUACUGACCAAUGAAUUUGGGCUGUUCAAAAAAGAAUUUGUAAAACCAAUGGGAGAUUUUGUUGGGAAGAAAAGCUUAUUUUCUGCACCUGCUGAGAGCCACAAAAGGAUUAGGCGUCUUCUCUCCGAUCCUUUCUCCAUGAAUUCUUUGCAUAGAUUUGUUGAGGAAUUUGACAAUAUGCUGGUUCAAAGGUUGAAGAAGUUGGAAGAGAACGGGAAAAGCUUUUCGAUGCUCGAGUUUUGUAUGAAGUUGACAUUUGAUGCAAUCUGUAACAUGCUGAUGGGCAUCAUGGAUGAGAACUUGUUGAGACAGAUUGAUAGAGACUCUAAGUGUGUGUCUGAUGCCUUGUUAUCCUUCCCUUUAAUGAUUCCUGGAACCAGAUACUACAAAGGCAUCAAGGCACGAGACAGGUUAAUGGAAAGGUUUAGAGAGAUAAUUGACCGAAGGAGGAGUGGUAUGGAGUGUCAGGACGACUUCUUGCAGUCCAUGUUAUCAAGAGAUUCAUACCCAUCUGAUGAGAAACUCGAUGACUCGGAAAUCAUGGAUAACAUUCUAACAAUGUUACUUGCAGGACAGACCACCACUGCAGCUACUCUAAUGUGGUGUGUCAAGUUUCUUGAUGACAAUAGAGAAGUCCAGGACAAGCUCAGGGAAGAACAACUGCACAUAUCACAGAACAAGGCACGGGGGUACUCACUUUCCAUGGAAGAUGUUAAAAGCAUGUCCUAUGGUGUGAAGGUUGUCAAAGAAACACUGAGAAUGGCCAACGUUGUUCUAUGGUAUCCUCGUGUUGCCCUUGAAGACUGCACAAUCGAAGGUUUUGAAAUAAAGAAAGGGUGGCGCCUAAACAUCGAUGCUUCGUACAUACACUACGACCCAGAAUUAUACAAGGAUCCUACACAAUUCAAUCCAUUGAGAUUUGAUGAAAUACAAAAACCAUACAGUUUAAUACCAUUCGGAUCAGGACCUCGGACAUGCAUAGGAAUGAAUUUGGCAAAAGUGGCUAUGUUGGUCUUCUUACACCGGCUAACUACUGGAUACAGAUGGACGGUAGAUGAUCCAGAUCCCAGCCUAGAGAAGAAGGCAUUUGUUCCAAGGCUGAGGAGUGGCUUGCCCGUAACCUUAAAGCCCUUAGAAGGAGGAAGAUAGGCAUCAAGACAUGGGAGUCAAACACUAUUGCUUUGUGUUUAAAGGGGACUUCUCUUCAUGUAAUAAGUACUAUAAUAGUGUGCGCUAUUUUUGGGCGUGCGUGUUUGGUCAAGGUCGCGUGAGAAGUCAAAUGUUUGGUUUUUAUAUUGUAUUUGAAUUGAAUGUGUGCAUGGUGAAGAAGUCUGUGCUCUAAAAGAGUAAAAGGAUAGCAGCAAUAAGACACUAAUACUAGCUUGUGUGAUGUAUGCAUAUCA